UGGGCGCUAUAGCAACGGUAGUAGCAGGGAACGAACGCUGAGAUAAGCCAUGUCUGGUCCAAGCGAUGAGACGGCAGGAGACCUGCCCGUGAAAGAUAUAGGUCUAAACCUCUUUGGAGCUGGAGGGUUACAAGAAACUUCAACUGCACGAACAAUGAAGACUCGCCAGGCAGUGUCACGUGUCAGCCGUGAGGAACUGGAAGACAGAUUUUUGCGUUUGCAUGAUGAGAACAUUUUACUUAAACAGCAUGCCCGCAAGCAAGAGGAUAAAAUUAAAAGAAUGGCCACCAAGUUAAUACGGCUAGUUAAUGACAAGAAAAGAUAUGAGCGGGUUGGUGGCGGCCCCCAGCGGCUGGGACGAGAUGUGGAAAUGGAAGAAAUGAUUGAGCAGCUGCAAGAGAAAGUCCAUGAGCUUGAAAGACAAAACGAAGUCCUCAAAAACAGGCUAAUAUCGGCCAAACAGCAGCUCCAGGGCCAGGGGCACAGGCAAACUCCGCACGGUCGUGUGCAGGCUCGAAUUAACACUGGCCGCAGGAGAGCUAGCGCAACCACAAGCUUACAGGAGUGUCCCAGGAAAGGUGUAAGAUUCCAAAAUAUAGAUGAAGCAGAAACUGCACAACCUACGCUCACAAAAUAUGGCAAUAGUUUACUUGAAGAAGCCAGAGGAGAAAUAAGAAAUUUAGAAAAUGUUAUUCAGUCACAAAGAGGCCAGAUAGAAGAAUUAGAGCACUUAGCAGAGAUUCUGAAAACUCAGUUGAGGAGAAAGGAAAAUGAAAUUGAGUUGUCUCUUCUUCAGCUUCGAGAACAGCAAGCUACAGAUCAAAGGUCAAAUAUUCGAGACAAUGUAGAGCUGAUUAAACUCCAUAAACAACUAGUGGAGAAAAGCAAUGCUCUUUCAGUCAUAGAGGGAAAAUUUCUUCAGCUUCAAGAGAAGCAAAGAACACUCAGGAUCAGCCAUGAUGCCUUGAUGGCAAACGGAGAUGAGCUAAAUACGCAGCUGAAGGACCAGCGCUUGAAGUGCUGCAGCCUUGAGAAGCAGCUGCAGUCGGCCAGGUUUGCAGAGAGGAGAGUGGAGGAGCUGCAGGAUAGAAUUAAUGAUUUAGAAAAGGAGCGAGAACUUUUAAAGGAAAACUAUGAUAAACUUUAUAACAGUGCCUUCAGUGCUGCCCAGGAGGAACAGUGGAAGUUAAAGGAGCAGCAGAUGAAAGUGCAGAUCGCUCAGCUCGAAACUGCCCUAAAAUCCGAUCUAACAGACAAAACUGAAGUUCUUGACAAAUUAAAGACUGAAAGAGACCAAAAUGAGAAGCUCGUGCAAGAGAACAGAGAGCUCCAGCUGCAGUGUCUGCAGCAGAGGCAGCAGCUGGAUGAGCUGAAAAGCCGCAUGAGGUUUUUCAACCAGGAGAGUGACAUCAAUGCUGAUGACCUGAGUGAGGCGCUCCUGCUUAUAAAGGCUCAGAAAGAACAAAAGAAUGGAGACCUUUCAUUUUUAGAAAAAGUGGACAACAAACUUAAUAAAGAUCUAGAACAUUCCAUGAAAGAACUUCAAGCAACUCAUGCAGAAACAGUACAAGAACUUGAAAAGACAAGAAAUAUGCUAAUUAUGCAACAUAAAAUCAAUAAAGACUAUCAGAUGGAAGUUGAGGUGGUGACUCAGAAGAUGGAAAAUUUGCAGCAAGAUUAUGAACUCAAAGUGGAACAAUAUGUUCAUCUUCUUGAUAUCCGGACUGCACGCAUCCAGAAGCUUGAAGCCCAGUUAAAGGACAUUGCCUACGGCACUAAGCAGUACAAAUUUAAACCGGAAAUUAUGCCAGAUGACUCUGUUGAUGAAUUUGAUGAAACCAUCCACCUGGAACGAGGAGAAAACUUGUUUGAAAUCCACAUCAAUAAAGUCACCUUUUCUCCUGAAACCCUGCUGGCAUCUGGUGACAAAGAGCCCGUCACUUUCUGUACCUAUGCUUUCUAUGACUUUGAACUGCAGACCACUCCCAUUGUUCGAGGCCUUCACCCAGAAUAUAACUUCACUUCUCAGUAUCUUGUUCACGUAAACGACUUAUUUUUGCAGUAUAUUCAGAAGAACACUGUCACUCUGGAGCUCCACCAAGCCUACAGCACAGAUUAUGAAACAAUUGCAGCUUGUCAGUUGAGAUUCCAUGAGAUUCUAGAAAAAAGUGGCCGAAUAUUUUGCACAGCAAGUUUAGUUGGAACUAAAGGAGACAUCCCAAAUUUUGGCACAGUAGAAUACUGGUUCCGAUUAAGAGUUCCCAUGGAUCAAGCAAUUCGACUUUAUCGAGAGCGGGCAAAGGCAUUAGGAUAUAUAACAUCAAAUUUUAAGAAGCCAGAGAAAAUGCAAUUGUUGAGUCAGCAAGCACCCACAACUGCUCAGAUCAGUUCAACAGAUUCCACAGAUGGCAACUUAAAUGAACUCCACAUUACAGUAAGAUGUUGCAGCAGCCUACAGUCCCGAGCAAGCCACCUGCAGCCACACGCAUAUGUUGUGUAUAAGUUUUUUGAUUUUCCAGACCAUGAUACAGCCAUCAUUCCCAGUAGCAAUGAUCCGCAGUUUGAUGACCAUAUGUGUUUCCCAGUGCCAAUGAAUAUGGAUUUGGAUCGCUACCUUAAAUCAGAGUCUCUGGGGUUUUAUGUGUUUGAUGAUAGUGAUACCCAAGAGAAUAUUUACAUAGGAAAGGUCAAUGUGCCUCUGAUUUCACUGGCCCAUGACAGGUGUAUCUCAGGGAUAUUUGAGUUAAUGGAUAAUGAAAAGCAUUCUGCGGGAACCAUCCAAGUUAUAUUAAAAUGGAAAUUCACCUACCUUCCCCCAAGUGGAUCAAUAACUAAUGAAGACCUAGGAAAGUUCAUAUGCAGAGAAGAGCCAGUGGUUGUUCAGAAACUACCUCCAACAUCCUUGGGCGUCACGUCGGUUGUAGCACCAAAACCUAAACCAAGACAGCGUUUAACACUUGUGGACAAAAAGGUUUCUUUCGUGGAUACCACGCCGCACCUUAGUCCUGAGACUUCUCCUCCUCCUCCUAAAGAUAUAAAAGACAAUUCCCCAGAAAUGGAACACACACCAGAAACAGAAAAUAGCAUGCCAGCUGUUAUAUAUACUUCCAAGGAAAGCAGUGUGGCUGAGGUAGAGGAAACCGUAGAGAGAACGCAGCAAGGAAAAGAAGACGACAUCUCUUUCCUAUCUGAGGGUCAGCUUGCAUCGCAAAGUGUGGCUUCCUCCGAAGAUGAAACAGAAAUAACGGAAGAACUGGAGCCAGAAGAUGAGGACAGAUCAGCUUCUGACAGCGAUGACUGUAUCAUCCCAGGUUCCGUCUCCAAGGAAACCAAACAGCUGUCAGAGGAAAUUCGGAUUGAGAUCAUAGCUCUAAGCCUUAAUGAUUCUCAAAUAACCAGGGAUGACACUAUCCAACGGCUGUUUGUUGAGUGUCGGUUCUACAGUCUUCCAGCUGAAGAGACACCUGUGUCACUGCCAAAACCCAGGAAUGGCCAGUGGGUCUACUAUAACUAUACCAAUGUGAUCUACCUGGAUAAAGAAAACAACCAAACAGAGAGAGGCAUCUUAAAGGCCAUACUGCAAAGACAAGAACUGCCUCACAGAAGUGUGCGCUUCACGGUGGUGAGUGACCCUCCUGAGGACGAGCAGGACCUGGAGUGUGAGGACAUCGGCACUGCUCAUGUCGACCUCAUGGAUGUGCUUCAGAAAGGGAGGGACAUCAUCGAGCAGGACCUGGAUGUGGUUGAUGCCCGAGCGGACAGAGGCUGCAUUGGCAAGCUGAAGGUGACCGUGAAAGCACUCGCUGCUCUGCGGUCUGUCAACGAGCAACAUGGAGAGGACUAGGAAGCCUGGAAGAAGCUGCUGGAGAGGCGUCCCACCUCUGAGGAAAUGCCCACAUGAAAACUCCAGGAUGAGAUUUUGAGUAAUCACUCUGGUGUGUGUAAUCUAUAAUUCAUGGGGAGCUGGAGGGGAGGGCCUGGGCUUAGGCUUCAGUUUCAAAUCUUGUAUAGGUUUUUGUUUAUUUUUCUAUUCCCUCUACCCAUGACUGCCACCCCUUAGGACUUCAGUUCUCCUCAGUGGUCUACCUUCUCAAUAAUUUAUAUCAACAUGUUAGGAUGAAAUAUCUAUUUACAUUUGUAACAUUUUCUUACAAAGAAGUGGGAAUAGUUUUCUUUUCAUAAGGAAAAGCCUAAAUCUUAGGAAACCUUUGGAAAAGAAAUACUUUUUAUGUUAUCCCUAAUCGUCCCACUAAAGGAAAAGCUUCUGAUUAGCCUCAUUAAGACUUUUAUACUGUGAAGAUUUUAUUAGAAGCAAUAUAUGAAAAUUACUUGGAUUAAUGUGUUAAUCUUUGGCUUUAAAAUGCUAAUAUCCACUUUGUGCACAUUAAAGCUCAGUAUGUGUUUUCUUUGAUGCAUGCGGUUUCUAUCAGUUCGAUAUAAAGAAGGAGAUGUGGCACCAGCUUAGUAAAUUGCUCCCAGUUUUUGUUGUUUCCCAUAAACAUUGUGGUCGUUAUAUGGCACCCAUGUGUUUGUAAUGCUGCUAUGGGACCCACGAUUAUAUAGAUAGAUACAUACAUGCAUACAUACAUACAUGCAUAUAUAUAUAUAUAUAUAUAUAUAUAUAUAUAUGGAAUUCAUUCUUUACAAA